UUUUUCUACCUCUGCUGCCUGCGUAGCUUAUUGGUGACAAUAUUUAUCACCUUAGAGCUCCUGGUGCAGUUGGUAGAGGGGAAUGGCUGUGAGAGCUUGUGGCUUGAUCAUCUACAGGAGGCUGCAGCCGGCACCAUCCUCUAACAGCAUCGAGUACCUCCUGCUUCAGACGUCCUACGGGACCCACCACUGGACCCCGCCCAAAGGCCACGUGGACCCAGGGGAGGAUGACCUGCAGACAGCCUUCCGGGAAACACAGGAGGAGGCUGGUCUGCAGGCCAGCCAGCUCACCCUCAUCGAGGGCUACAAGAAAGAGCUGCACUACCCUGUCCAUGGCAAGCCUAAGACUGUCGUGUACUGGCUGGCAGAAAUGAAGGAUUGCAACACAGAAAUCAAGCUGUCGGAGGAGCACCAAGCUUUCCAGUGGCUGAAGCUGGAGGAUGCCUGCAAAUUUGCAGAAUAUGAGGACAUGCAAGCAAUGCUGAAAGAAGUGCAUCAGUUCCUCUGCUCCAGAGAAUGAGUGGUUUUUGUGAAGUAUAAGGGGAUUUCUUGAGGAGAUGGGUCUGCUUUUUAUGUUUUAAACUGCAGGAAUAAUUAUAUGGCUGCAGAAAUGUAGAUUUCUUUUUUUUUUUAAAAAUCUGUAGAAAUUCAGUGAGGAUACAUGGAACUUUUAAAGAGAUUGUGCUUUUGUCUCCUCUAGCUAGCACAAAAAAGCAUAGUCUGAUUGAACCAUAAGCCAGAGAUGUCUGAAUUGAAGCCCCGAGCUAACAAAAGACUUCCUCUGUCUCUUUUUCCUUUUUUUCCACCUUUCUUUUUAUCCCUUGAAGUGCUGAACAACCACAGGUUUUUUUGAAAAAUCAAACACUUGAUACAUCUUGACUUGCUGAUGUAAAGCUGGAGAGUUGAGAAAAUGAGCAUAUGGGGAUUUUUAAUAACAAAAUGCUUACUGCAGAAGUCAUACCUUGAAUUUCUAAUGAAGAAGCGGUAGUUCUAUUCCCAAAUCUUCCAGUGAUAUGCAGAGAUAACUUGUCAGAUCAUUUCAGGUAUUUUUUGUUUGUAUCAUGAACUUAUGUACAUCCCUAAUGUACUGUUGUGAGAACAUUUUCCAUCUGGAGAGUCUUAGUAAAUGGUUGAAGUACAGUA